CUCCACCCCAGUUGGACGGUAGCGUGACAUCCCUGCCUGCCUGAGGGAGGAAUGAGAAGGGGAAACUACAGCUGCAGACAAGUGACACCCAGAAGCCAGGAGCUUCUGUAAGUACCAGGUCUGCACAAGACCCAAGUCAGCGCAAUGGCAAUGACGCUGGAGGAAUUCGUUCACUCCCUUGACCUCAGGACCCUUCCCAGGGUUCUAGAAGUCCAGUCGGGCAUCUAUUUUGAAGGUUCCAUUUAUGAAAUGUUUGGAAAUGAAUGCUGUUUAUCAACAGGAGAAGUAAUUAAAAUUAUUGGUCUCAAAAUUAAGAAGAUCAUAGCUGAAAUUUGUGAGCACAUUGAGGGUUGUGAACGUCUGCAACCAUUUGAGCUGCCUAUGAAUUUUCCAGGUCUUUUUAAGAUUGUGGCUGAUAAAACUCCAUACCUUACUAUGGAAGAAAUUACGAGGACCAUUCAUAUUGGAUCAAGUAGACUAGGGCAUCCUUCCUUCUAUCAUCAGAAGGAUGUAAAACUAGAAAAUCUCAUUAUAAAGCACGGUGAGCAAAUCAUGCUCAACUCAGUUGAAGAGAUCAAUGGAGAAAUAAUGGUGAACUGUGGAGUGGUAAGGAAUCAUCAAAAUCACUCAUUUACCUUGCCUUUGUCACAAGAAGGAGAAUUCUAUGAGUGUGAAGAUGAACAUAUUUAUACCCUAAAGGAGAUUGUCGAAUGGAAGAUACCCAAGAACCGAACACGAACUGUGAAACUUACAGGUUUUUCAAAUAAGUGGGAUUUAACAAAUCCAUUUCCUAAAGGCUUUUACGGUGCUCUGAUUCUCAAGCCUGUUUAUGAAAUUCAAGCUGUGAUGAAAUUCCGAAAGGACAUAGUCCGCAUCCUCCCCAGUUUAGAUGUUGAAGUCAAAGACAUUACUGACAGUUAUGAUGCCAACUGGUUUCUUCAGCUAUUAUCUACACAAGAGCUCUUUGAAAUGACCACUAAAGAGUUCCCCAUAGUGGCUGAAGUCAUAGAGGCACCUCAAGGAAACCAGCUGCCCAGAAGCAUUUUACAGCCUGGGAAAACCGUUGUGAUCCACAAAAAGUAUCAGGCAUCGAGGAUCUUAGCUUCAGAAAUUCGAAGCAAUUUUCCUAAAAGGCACUUCUUGAUCCCCACCAGCUAUAAAGGCAAAUUCAAGCGGCGACCUCGGGAGUUCCCAACUGCCUAUGACCUUGAGAUAGCAAAGAGCGAAAAGGAGCCUCUCCAUGUGGUGGCCACCAAAGCCUUUCAUCCCCCUCAUGAUGAGCUGUCAUCUGUAUCUGUCGGGGACCAGUUUCUAGUGCAUCACUCACAGACGACUGAAGUCCUUUGUGAGGGAAUCAAAAAAGUGGUGAAUGUUCUGGCCUGUGAAAAAAUCCUCAAAAAAUCCUAUGAGGCAGCACUGCUCCCUUUAUACAUGGAAGGAGGUUUUGUAGAGCUGAUUCAUGACAAGAAACAGUACCAGAUUUCUGAGCUCUGUUCGCAGUUCCACUUGCCUUUCAAUGUGAAGGUAUCUGUGAGAGAUCUUUCCAUUGACGAAGACAUUUUGGCUGCUACACCAGGACUGCGGUUGGAGGAAGCCAUCACAGACUCUUACCUACUCAUAAGUGACUUUGCCAACCCCAAGGAGUGCUGGGAAAUUCCUGUCAGCCGCUUAAAUAUGACUGUUCAGUUAGUUAAUAGUUUUUCUAAGGACACAAAAUCAUUUCUAGUCAGGACUCUGGUUGAAGAGAUCACUGAAGAACAAUAUUACAUGAUGCGAAGAUAUGAAAGCUCUUUCUCCCACCCCCCACCUCGCCCUCCCAAACAUCCCGCAGUGGAGGAAACAAGGUUAACCCUGCUCACCUUGGCAGAAGACAGGGCCGUAGGUCUGCCUAAGUCUCCCAAGAGUCUCCAUGUAGACAAGAAACUGCACUCAAAUCAAGCUGGCCUGGAUUCAAAAGUACCAGUUGGUUGUCAAAAUGAUUCAGCCGAUCUGGAGAAAGAGAAAAGCAAGAGUGCGGCAACUGUCGUAGCAGCCACCAAUGUAACCACAGAAAUCUCCAAAAGUAAAAAACAUCAAAAGUAAUGAGAUACGACUGAAGCCACCUGGGCAGUGAACAUAAAUGUUGCAAUGGAAAAGUAAGCUUAGCCUUCAAGCCGAAAACAACUAUUCCCCAACAGACUUCAGAAGAAACUUGACUGGCCAUGGCAAAGGAAAAACACAACCUUAAAAGUUUUAACAGAUAAUACUUAAAGAGAAACCUAUGAUAUGGAAUUCACAUAAUCUAUUCUGUUGUGCCAAAAUCUGUAUAUAUGGUUUUAUUGUUACUUAGGACAUAUUUAUUUAAUGUGCACACACUUUCUGUGAUUCCUAUUUCCCCUGCCAACCAUGAAUCAAUUGAAAAUGAAUUUUAUAUUUCAGUUUCUAGGUGAACCAGUUGAAAAUAUGUUGAAAGCCCACCAAAUAUUUUCAGGGUUUCAGAAUUUGGUUUCUUUCUAGAAUUUUUCUAGAAUUAUCAUCAUUCCUGCUAAAAAUAACUUAAAAAAUAAUUAUAUCUGAGAGUGAUUUAAAAUACCCAAGUUUUGGGGCGCCUGGGUGGCUUGGUCGGUUAAGCGUCCGACUUCAGCUCAGGUCAUGAUCUCGCGGUCCGUGAGUUCGAGCCCCGCGUCGGGCUCUGUGCUGACAGCUCAGAGCCUGAAGCUUAUUUCAGAUUCUGUGUCUCCCUCUCUCUCUUCCCCUCCCCUGUUCAUGCUCUGUCUCUCUCUGUCUCAAAAAUAAAGGUUAAAAAAAUUUUUUUUUAAAUAAUAAAAUACCCAAGUUUCUUAUCUGAUUCCCUGGGAGCUGUGAAAAUGAAUUUGACUUCACAUUUUCAGUUUGUUUAUAAAUAAGUAUGUUUGAGGCUUAGCCCCCAAAGCUAUCAUGAGUCACAGGAAUUUUCUAUAACUUUCUCCCCUGCCUCCUAACAACCAGAGUUCAUGACUAUAAUAUCACCAAAGAUCAGAUAAUAUGCUUUAUUAUUUUAUGUACUGUAUACUAGAUAACCCUUUAGAUGAAUGCUUGUUAGGAUUAUAGUAAAACCAUUUCAUUUAUGUAUCAUUAUGUACUGAGUAUACAGGGACAUAUUAUUUUGCCUCUAAUAAAAUGAAGAGACAGAGAAGUUAUCUUGUUAGUUACACAGGAAUUUAAUGGCAAGCUUUGGACUUUGUUCAUAGGUCAUACUCUAUACAAAAACUGUUAGUUAAUCUCGUAUAUCAUAAUUAUUUUCUAUUGGGUAUAACAAUUAUUCAUUGGCUUAGUACCAAGGAGUCUCUGAAGACAACAAAUCAUGAAACAUCUCUUCAACAGAAAAAAAAAAAAAACCUACAGUAAGAGAUCUUUCACACAAUGCUUUAUUGAUAAACUGAUAUAGCUUACUUCUUCUUACCUUUUUUUUUUCUUUUUAAGUGGAACUGAAUCCUGAUUUCCAAUACCCUAAAGACUGUUUUAGUGACUUCAUGUGAUGCUACAGUUGGUUAUUUACAACUUCUGAAAUUUUCUGAGAAGGUUUCAUUUCUAUUUAUGUUGCUGGUUUAUGCCCAUAAGAACAAGAACUUUGCAAAAAGCUUAUGUCCUCACCUUUGAUUAUUGAAUUCCACAGAAAGUCCCUUCUCACUUCAUCAAUGUUGGCAAACUCAUAAAACUCACAGACCAAUUUUCUAUUUUUCAAAUAGUAAUGAAUAAUUAGUGGUUUUUAUUUGCUACAUGAGAACAAUUAAAUUAGUACUUUUAGUCAGUACAAUUCUUUGAUUAGAAAAUCAAGACAAUGCAUGUCUUAGUUUGGUUAUAAACUAUCAAGGUCUUUCUAGUGGAAAUCAUAUAUAAACAUCUCUAACAAUACAAAUCCUUAUAGGUACUAUGCUUCCAGCUCUGUUGCUAUUAAAAAGUGUUAAUCAAUUUCAUGUUCAUC